AUGCAGUGUCGCCCGCACGAAGCUAUCUGGAAAUUCUACCUUCCAAGCAAAUGCUACAGCCUGCCUGAUGUGAUGCUCACAUCGGCAAGUGUCCAGGUCGUGUCUGACAUUGCUAUGUUCUUGUUGCCCCAGCGAAUUAUCUGGGGCUUGGGAAUGAACUGGCAAAAGAAAAUCGGUGUCUCCGUUCUCUUCGGCGUUGGUAUUCUUGCCUGUGUUGCAGCUAUCCUACGACUUGUCAAAACAGUUGCUUUUGCCAGCGAGACUGAUACCAUGUAUCUCAUCGGCCCUCUUCUAUUCUGGGCCUGUGCCGAGAUGACCUGUGGUUUCUUCAUUUUCAGCGUCCCCUGUCUCUCCAAGCUCAUCAUUGAGUCUGGGCUCCCAGGUAGAGUAAAGAAUGCUCUCGGCUUCAAUUCCAGAUCCAGUGAGCACUCGAAUGCAGACUCGGUUUGUGAUUCUCAAUAUGACACCCCCCCUUCUAAGCCUUGGGUUACUGGCGACACUACCUGGUCCAAGCUUGAGGAGGGCCAUAUCGCUCUGCAGGAGACUGGGUCGGAGUCACAGACACGUCUGCAUGACGGUGUCCAGUCGAACGUCACCAACCCUACUGUGCAAGUGAUGCGUACCACGGAUGUCACCGUCUCCAACGAUGCUCACUAG